AUGCUGCUGGCCCCUGACAAGUUGCGCGAGCUGCGCGCACUCAUGAGUCGCACGAACGUUCGUCUGCUUCCUCUGAGACAUCGCUUGGGUAAGACGGAGAAGGGUGAGGCAGCAACGGAGCCUACGACCCGAUCGCUGCAGGCUUUCAUCGUGGACACGGCCGACGCCCAUCAGAGCGAAUACGUGGGGGACGCGCACAAACGCCGCGAGUUCCUCACGGGCUUCACAGGAUCAAGCGGCACAGCGCUUGUCACGAUGAAUGAAGCGCUGCUGUGGACGGACGGCCGCUACUUCUUGCAGGCGGAGCAGGAGCUCAGCGAAGACUGGACGCUCAUGAAGUCCGAGGAGCCGGGCGUGCCGACAAUUGAGCAAUGGAUAAAAUCCAAUCUCCCCUGUGACAGCUGUUUGGCGAUCGAUCCCUAUUUGACUUCGGCGAUCGCAGCUCGCAACUUUGCCAGGGCUCUGAAGGAUACAAAUAUUGAGCUUGUGGCGCUCUACGAGACUGAGAACCUGAUUGAUCGCGUGUGGGCGGACCGUCCAGCUAUUUCACCCUCACAGAUCACUUUUCUGCCCGAAAAGUACACUGGGCGAUCAGUUGCUGACAAGUUGGCGCGUCUUCGUGAGGCUGUUAAGGAAGAAGGAGCAGACGCCGUUGUACUCACUGCUCUGGAUGACAUUGCGUGGCUGUUUAACAUUCGAGGAAACGAGGUCAAGUUCAAUCCAGUUGUUACGUCGUACGCCAUCGUAACUUUUGACUCAGCGACUCUGUUUCUGAAUGCGUCCAACGAGGACGAGGUGACUCAGCACUUGGGACCGAGUGGAAUCGUUUGUAAGCCGUACUCGAAUAUGUUGGAAGAGCUGUCGGCUUUUACCUCUGCUAGUAAGGACAAGCAAAUUCUUGUGGACCCUGCACAAUGCAACGUCGCUGUAUUCCUAGCGAUUCCGGCUGCAAACCGAAAAGAGGUUACGUCGGUGGUUAUGGCCCAGAAGGCGAUAAAGAAUGCAACUGAGAUCGAGGGCAUGCGUCAGGCACACAUUCGUGACGGUGCUGCGCUCGUUAAGUACUUUUGCUGGCUUGAGAACGAGAUGAAUUCCAGCCGCAAAGACCAAUGGGACGAAGUCAUGGUUGCAGACAAGCAGGAACAGCUUCGACAGCAAGUGAAAGACUUUGUGUCACUCAGCUUUGACACCAUCUCGUCGAUCGGGGCUAACGGGGCCAUUAUUCACUAUUCGCCGAAGCGUGGGAAUUGUGCCAAAAUGUCGACGUCUGCCAUGUACCUGAACGACUCAGGUGCUCAGUAUCUGGAUGGCACGACUGACGUCACCCGAACACUCCACUUUGGUCAUCCUACUUCCUACGAAAGAGCGUGCUUUACGUACGUCUUGAAGGCACAUAUUGCUCUUGCAAGUACUGUCUUUCCUGACAAGAUUGAAGGCGUUCGACUUGAUGCAGUUGCGCGUGCACCUUUGUGGAAGGCUGGUCUGGACUAUCGCCACGGAACGGGUCAUGGUGUGGGUGCGUUUCUCAACGUGCACGAAAAGGGUGUGUUAAUGUCGUUUCGCUUGAACCCGAACGGCCUAAAGAUUCAAGACGGCAUGGUUCUUAGCAACGAGCCUGGCUACUAUGAAGACGGCAAGUUCGGCAUUCGAAUCGAGAGCAUCAUGGUUGCUCAGAAGGCGCCUCAAAUCAAGAGCCCACUCAACCGCGACUUCUGCGUAUUUGAAACCCUCACUAUGGUGCCAAUCCAACAGAAGCUAAUCGACGAAAGUCUGCUUACGCCCGAGGAAGUGCAGUGGUUGAACGCGUACCACAAAGACGUACGCGACAAGCUGCAGCCGCUGCUAAAGGAUGACUCGGAAGCUUGCGCGUACCUCGCCCGAGAGACAAAGCCCCUGUUGCAGCAGCCUUCGCCUGCUUGA